AUGGCAUCAAUGUUUCUCCGACCAAUGUUGCGCCCGAAUACGUUGGGCGUUGGAUUGGGCUUGUCCAUGUCAACAUUCGCCAUCUACAGACAACGCCCAAUGAAACUCGACUCAAAGCGACUCUUUUCCGAAACCCAGCAAACGGCCGCUCACAAACCCUCUAAAGGAAAUGCCUUUAUAAACCCAAGCAGCGUGAAGCAGAUCAGCAGCGGAAGCGUAUUCGGACUAUGUGCUGGGCUGGCUAUCAGCACCUUCUCACGACCUCUUGCACUAUUAUUAGGUUUAUUAGUUGUUGGCAUUCAGUGGGCUGCAAGUUAUGGCAUCCACGUGCUGCCGUACGGUAAACUACGCCGCUAUGUUACAAAUGUUGAUCUGAAGUCAGCCUUGAAGAGCAAUGUUGCAUUCAAGCUGUCCUUCGGUGUGACUUUUGCCAUGGCAGCGUUCAUGCAUUUCUAG